AUACUAUGUGUGUAUAGUAUAUAUAUAGACGUUUUUUGGAUCAUUUUUGGUGUUGGCGAUAAUUUUUAAAGUCGCGCCAAGGCUGCACCGUAUACUAGGAUUUUACCAGUAAUUUUUAUUGUAUAACAGAGUCUGCAUUUUGAGUUUGUUUCCUUGAUUAUUAAAAUAUGGCAGGCACAUCUUACACUUCAUCUGUUUCGAUUGUGGCUAAAGCUCUGAAAUCUCAAGGAGUGCAGUAUGCGUUUGGAGUUGUUGGCAUACCUGUAAUUGAAGUAGCUACAGCAUUGCAAGAAGUUGGGAUAAAGUACAUUGGAAUGAGAAAUGAACAGGCUGCUUCAUAUGCUGCUGGUGCUGUUGGAUAUUUGACUAAGAUCCCAGGUGUCUGCCUUGUAGUGUCGGGUCCAGGUUUAAUACAUGCUUUGGGAGGCAUGGCAAAUGCUCAAAUUAAUGGAUGGCCCAUGAUUGUAAUUGGAGGAUCAUGUGAUCAAGAUCAAGAAGGCCUAGGUGGCUUCCAAGAAUUUCCUCAGGUCGAAGCCUGUCGUCUGUAUAGCAAGUACUCUUGCCGCCCAGCAGAUGUCAGUUUAAUACCUUUUCAUGUGGAAAAAGCUGUUCGAGAAAGUACUUAUGGACGUCCAGGAGCAGCAUAUGUAGAUUUAACAGGAAAUAUGAUAAAUCAAGAAGUUCUAGAAUCAAAAGUAUCAUAUCCACUUAAAUGUCCUGAGCCUGCUGUGUGUGUUGCUUCUUCAGUUAUUAUACAUUCAUUGGUCGAUGUGUUAAUUGCUGCAAAACGGCCUCUAGUAAUCAUUGGAAAAGGAUCAGCAUAUUGUAGGGCAGAAAAUUCUAUAUGUCAACUUAUCACAAAAUUUGAGAUUCCAUUUUUGCCCACACCGAUGGGUAAGGGGGUAGUUUCUGAUAAUAGCCCAUUCUGUGUAGCAUCUGCAAGGUCCAAAGCUCUUGCUGGGGCUGAUGUCGUAUUGAUGUUAGGUGCAAGGCUUAAUUGGAUUCUCCAUUUUGGAAGGCAACCUCGGUUCAGUGGUGAUGUAAAAUUUUUGCAGGUUGAUAUAAAAAUGGAAGAACUACACAAUAGUGUUCAAGCUACUGUAGGAAUUGUUGGUGAUAUAGGAGCUGUUGUUAAUCAGAUAUCAGAGGAAUUAAGUCAAAGACACUGGAUAUUUCCAACUAAUUCUAAAUGGUGGGAAGAACUAAAACAAAAGAAACUGCAAAAUGAACUUGCUGUGAAGGAAAUGAUUUCAGACAAAUCAACACCUCUCAAUUAUUAUGCUGCUUACCAUGAAAUACAAGCUUUAAUUCCAUUUGAUUCUAUUAUUGUAAAUGAGGGAGCUAAUACAAUGGAUAUUGGACGAACAAUGUUAUUGAAUGAAUUUCCUCGGCACAG